CCUCAGUCUACCUAAUCUGUCACCACCAGUAACACCCACGUUACCACAUCGCAAAGAUGCACCUCCUCCCAUACCUUACCGUCCUCGCCACUGCCUUCACGGCCCUAACCUCUGCCGUCGCCCUCUCCCAGUCCGAAUCCAAAGCUGUUGAAUUCCGCACCUACGGUGGGGACAAGUGCCUCUGCGAAGACGAUGCCAACCUCCUCCGGGACGCCUACGUCCGCAUGAUCAGCGUCUGGAACCCGGCCGAUGCCAAGUACCUCACAGACGACUUUAGAGACACAAGCGGUAGCAUCAACAUUUUGAUUGGGAAGCCGUUGGAUGGAUCGGUGCCUACGUUUGCGAACAAGCAGGAGUUUGUGGAUCAUAUGACUGUGAUGCCCGACAACCUCCCCCUCCAAGUGACCUUCUCCACCUUCAACUGCAAGUACAUCACGCUCAUCUGGACCGCCACGUUUGGCGUCGCCCAAAAGGCCGUGCGCGGCAUCGCCGUCGUGGGAACCGUGUACGACAAGAAGAAGAAGAUGUGGCUGAUUAAUAGCCUGGAUGUUGAGUGGAACUCGAUGGCUUAUCUUUUGGAUAUUGGGGGCAGCUAUCAGGUGCCUGGACAGCCAUAGAUUGCUUUCCUGGUUUCUAGGAGGGGGGCGCUGGUUGGAGCGACGGUCGGGAGUGAAGAUUCCAUUUUGAGAAGGAGGCCAGGGAAGGGAGGGGAAAGGUGCUGCGGUAACGCGGUAGUGGAAGCAGGGACGAGAAUGGGGUGGAAUGUAAAUAUUUCGUGAUGAUUGGGUAACUCGCGGACCGAAGCGCAAAGGGGUCAAGGGGGAUCUCGGGUGCCGAGCCGGGAACAGACAUUCCAUUCAAGGUUGGCGGCAUCGGUUUGCAUGCAAGGGACUGGACCCGGUGCAGCAUGUGUCACGCAUGGUGCCUGGCUUCCAUGUUUUUGUGUUCCUGCACAGUUGUAUCUACUGUUUGUCGUCGGAUGAUGAUAGUUAGGUCAGUUGAUGGAUAUAAUGAGAUGGAUCUGCUUGCAAUUGAGUUGCAACUCACCGGUGUUGUAGGUUAGGUACGAGAAUGAAGUUUUUCCUUCUGGAUUUUUC